UCCGGUAUACAACAUCAUCAAGAACGAAAGAACCAACUAAGAUGACGGGUCCCGGUGAACCAGCGAAAUAUCUGCCCCUUCCGAGUGGGCCAGCGUCCUUGUGUUUCGACAACGACAUGUUCAUGAAGGACUCGUUUGAUGUUGACACAUUUGUGAUGGAGUGCCGACGCCGUGUACCACUGGAGACUCUGAGGGACGACCUAUCUACUUACCUCAAGAUUCUUAGGAGUGCAAUGAUUGAACUCAUAAACAAAGACUAUGCAGACUUUGUCAACCUGUCCUCGAACCUGGUUGGGAUGGACAAAGCCAUUGGUAACCUCACAACACCUUUAUGUGAACUGAAAGAUCAAGUCAUGACUGUGAAGAUUGCCAUGGACCAAGCUAUCUCUGCAGUAGAACAGAAACUGAAACAGCGAGAACAGAUCAGACAGAAAAAGGCGUGUCUCCAGAGAUUGAUGAACAUUGUACAGUCUGUAGAGAAAAUUGAGAGACUCCUGGGGAUACACAGUGGAGAAGGAGGGGAGAUAAUCCAGGCCCAGCUGAAUGGUCCAUUGAUAGAAAGAGUGGCCAAUGAGUUCAACAAACUUCAAUUUUAUGUCAUCAAGAGUACAGGGCUCCCCCUAGUGGAACGAAUACGACCAAGAAUUUCCAAUAUUACAAGCACACUACAAAUAAGUCUUGAGGGUCACUUCCUGGAGGGAUUGGACACUGGAAACACAGAGAUACUCCAGCAGUGUCUCCGGACCUACGCCCUCAUAGACAAGAUACAGGAUGUAGAGAACUUGUUCCGAAAGGAGAAGGUCCGACCCUACAUGGAGGAGGUGAUCAAUGAGCAGAAUGUGAAGUCCACAGGGGGCCGACCAGGUCUAAAGGGCAUGUUCCAGCAGAUCCUGGACUUUGUACCCCAGCACUGUGGCAUUCUCAGGGAGGUCACCACAGGGGGUCGUAUGGGGAUGGAUCACCAAUGUGCUAUGGAGAGUGUGCGAGGCUACGACUUUAUGGUCAAUGCUGUGUGGCCUGAGGUGGUCAGUAACAUUGAGGCCAGGACACCGUCCAUUUUUGCACCUGGGAACCCAAAUACUUUUCAUGAUAAAUUCCUGGUUAGUAUGAAGUUUUUGGAUGACUUUGAAGCUCUAUGUGGGUCUCAGGCCAGUGUACGAAGACUGAGGGAACAUCCUAGUUACCAUAUAUUUAUCAACAAGUGGAGCUUGCCUGUAUAUUACCAAAUCAGGUUCCAAGAGAUGGCGGGUUCUCUAGAGACCUCACUUUGUACGGCCUUCAACAAUUCUGCUGACCAAGACUUGUUCCAUCUCAAUGUGACCUUGACCUUGUGGCGAUGUGUAAGUCGGUGCUGGGGUGAAGACGUUUACCUCGCCCCGAUCUGUCACAAACUCUGGAAGUUGUCACUGCAGCUUAUCAGUCGCUACUCCACCUGGCUGGAUGAGUGCUACAAACAGGAGAUUGAAAAAAGAAGUUUGGAAGCAGAAAAUCAGAAAAUGAAUACGUCCGUAUCCAUGCCCAAUUUAACCCAUACAGACCGAAACAACGGAGCGAUGGACACAAGUGGUACAACAGGUGAGGGGCAGAUAACUCCAGCAACACCUCCCGUCACUCUUGGACAAAUUCUCUGCCUGCUCUCCGAUGUGGAAAAAUUCUCACAACAGAUUUCCAGUUUGUUUGAUGAGACAAUAAAACCAAAGAUAACUGCUGCAGGUUUUGAGGACACUGAUAAUCUAAAGGGCAGUAUCCAGGAGUGCAGUGCAAGCCUGAUGAGCAAACUGCCACGGUACCGUGAGUUUAUUGUGGAGGAAAUCAGUUGUCAGUGCUCCAUAAAUCUAAAACAGGUGAACGAUGUCCCACGACUGUAUCGCCGUACAAACAGGGAGGUACCCGUAAAGCCGUCCACAUACAUAGGGAAUGCCUUCAAGCCGGUCAGUCUGUUUGUACAGGAACAUGGCAAUAUUCUCGGAGAAAAACAGAAACAAGAAAUAUUUCAAGAGAUAUUCACUCGCCUGGCAGAACAGUAUUUCUCUGUGACCUCCGACGUCCUUCUGUCCGUGAAAAAGAUGGAGGAUUCUCUGAAGAGAUUAAAGAGGGUGCGAGGUACAGACAAGGGGGCGGGGUCCCAGGGGCUAACAGAUGAUGACAAGAUCCGACAGCAGAUCAUACUAGACAUUGACAGCUACGGACAACAGAUCACAGGUUAUGGGGUGCAAAAGGAAGGCUUGGAAAGCUACAAGAAAUUACAACAGCUUUCAGCAGAGGCCAAAUCUGCAAUGACAACAGCUCAGUGAUCACAAGACAAUGACAUGUUACUAUCACAUGACAGUCAUGUGACACCUGGUAAAAGUUUCAUAGGUCAUUAUCAUUAAACAAUGAAUAUUUACUUAUGUAAUUUUAAUCUCCUUUAUUUUUACAAAAACUCAAAUCUGCUUAAAUCAUCUAUUCACAAACAUUUCAAAAUUGUAACAAAAGUGACCGAUCUAAUACAAGAUGUGAUAUGGUUAGACACAUCACUGUGUGUCACGAUGUGUCGCUACUACAUAUAUUAACAAUAUGGUCAUAGAUAUGUUGGGUCCAUUAUUAUCGUUUGAUUGUCAGAUUUGUACUGUAUCUUAUUUAUUGAGGUAUAUUUAUUAUUUAAUUGUUAUAUGUAUGUGUUUGUGCAAUUGGUUGGCACUUUAAAGAGAAUAUGGUUGUUUUAAAAGUGGGAAAAUAACAAAUAAAAUAGUAAAAACCCAAA